AUGGAUAGGUUCCUAGUAAACAAAAAGGAAGCCAUGCCUGGGUAUGCAUCAAGAAGUGUUUACGGCCUUGGAAUUAGAGAGGAAGUGCACGAAGUAGGGUUUGGAUACCCUCUGGGCGAAAAUCCAUAUUUAAGUACGGUUGAAGGCCGAAAUCUCGGGCCAAAAAUAAUCAUCCAGCCGUACAGGCAGCUCAAAACGAAGUCUCUUCCCGACGACUUCUACAGCAGUCUAAUUGACUGGUCUGGUGAAAAUGUGUUCUUCACUGCCGACGGCGGCCUGUUUGUCCACAACUUCUUCUCCUCAAAAACGUUGCAGAUUUGCAGCCUCAAUAGCUUCGGGGUGACGUCUGUGAAGUGCAAUCCAACCACCGGCAGCAUUGCCCUUGGGACGUCUGUUGGCGUUAUGCUGAGCCUUGACAUCGGCUCUCUAAAGAUGGCCAGAUACCCGUUCCACAAGUCAAGAAUAGGCGUGAUCGAGUCUGAGAGCACAAAUGUUAUAACCGGGAGCAGAGACAGGAAGAUAAAGAUAACAGACCUGCGUUCGGAGAAGGCCGUGGCAACCAUUCUGCACCAUCGACAGGAGGUUUGCGGGCUAAGCAUCAGCAAGGACCUUAGGUUUUUGGCGUCUGGUGGGAACGACAAUAGGCUCUAUAUUUAUGACUACAGAAACUUGUCGCAUCCCCUUAAGCAGUGCUCUAACCACAAGGCAGCCGUAAAGGCAAUGAGCUGGUCUCCUCUCUCUCCAAAUCUACUGAUAUCUGGAGGAGGAACCGCCGACAAAACAGUCAAGCUAUGGGAUGUGAACAUGAUAAACUCAAGUAGAUCAAGCUCAUGUCUUGUAAGAUCCGUGGACUACGGCUCCCAAAUAUGCAACCUAAAGUGGUUGAAGUCCAACAAGAUCCUUAGCACACACGGAUACUCAAAAGAUGACAUCAGGCUGUCACAAAUGUCCUCCUUCAAGAUAGAGAGAUACUUUCUCGGGCACAAAAACAGGGUGAUCCACUUCUCUUGCUCGGACGACGAGAAGUACUUUGUUUCAGGCUCCUCCGAUUCCAACAUAAACUUCUGGGAACUGGAUGGAGAGAGGGACGACGAAAUAAAGAUUAGGUAG